CCUACGUACAUAGGUCAGCCCGAAGGGACGCAGGCUCGCGAUGACUCUGGUGCGCCAAAACCGCGUGGUCGCUACUAUCUUCGCGUUUCUGUGCCUGGCGGUCCCUUCCUGCGAUGGCUUCCUCCUGUCGCCGUCGUUGGCCCUGGCAAGAUUACGGUCAGCGCCGAACGACGGUGACUGCGCCAUCGCUCGCCAGCCAGGAGGAGCAGCCUCGCAGCAGGUGUUGGAAAAACCGGACGAAAUGCCUCGGACCCUGGCAGAAGAGCCGAGGUUGAACCGACGAGCCUACUUCGAGCAACUCAUGUACAAGAGCGUCGCGACGGUGGCGAUCAGCGGGGCGUCGUCCCUUGUUCUAGCUCCCACGGGGCGCAGCUACGCCUUCGAAGAGCAAGCGUCUCGAUGGCAACCGGAGGGUAACCCGAAGGAAGCCGCUUCCUGGUUCCCCCUGCUGGCCAAGUGCUACCAGUCUCUCGAAGACGUGCUAGAGAAUUGGGAGAAGUACACGGCGAGACAGGACGGGGACGCGAUCCGGAGAUUGAUCGGGACCAUCGGCGUUUCGAGCCCACUGAGCUCGAUCCGUAAGGCGUUCACGAGCAUCAGGGACGCGGAGGAGGCGUCGCAAGGCGACAUCGACGUGAUCGAGUACGUGGAGGCGUACAUGGAGGUGCUGACCGCUCUGGGGGAUGCGGAGAACGAUCUCUACUCCGCCAACUUCGCGGACUACUCGGGGGGAGGCGGCACCAAGGGGAGCCAAUUCAUCGCCAAAGCGAACAAGAGUCUAAAGAUCGCAAAGGACGAGUUUAAGGAAGUCAACAAGAUCCUGGGCAUCUGACGUGUUCGAUGGGAAGGCGAAGGAACUUGGAAGACGAUUCUACAUGUACUCAUAGAGGAUUCCGCGCAAAUGGAGAACUGGCGCAGCACGCAAAUCGGUAGCUUUUGGCAAACGUUUUAUAUAUUACAACUUUCAUGAUGAUGUGGUACGAUUUUCGCGGAAAACUUGAUUUUUUUUCCUCCGUGGAAAAGGGAAAGCGAUGAAUAUUUGAUCUUGUGUUUGUUCACCCGCUUGUACUUGUAUGUUUUAGUGUGCUGUUGGCAUAGAUUGGCUGUGUGCGGGAGUAGGCGAUGAUACGCUCUCUCGCACAGACCAACACAGCGCAACGUGAUGGUGCUGACGGGUAUGAUACGGCGCGCCGCUUGAGAGAAGUGGCGGGCAGCCCUUGUUGUUCUUCGAUGUAUGUCUGUCUCCUUUUUUAUUUACGUAUUGCGAACCGUGUGGGGAGUAAAAAGUGGUUUGGGUGUAAGGCACACGUUGCGGAGGAAGAGAAGAGUGUAGGCACACGUUGCGAAGGAAGAGAAGAGUGUAGGCACACGUUGCGAAGGAAGAGAAGAGUGCGACAAGGCAGACAGGGAGCGGAAGGCGACGUUGCCUGUCAUGAACUUGGAUUUACCGCACGGAUGACCUCCAAACUUGAAGCUGGAGGUUUGCAUGUUGCUCUGGAUGUGGGAAGU